AUGAUUCCCUGCAUUAGGAGGUUCAAUAAUAUCGGUAGAAAGCAAUUAGCUAUCAAUGUUUUAAAAGCAAACAGAGACUGCAGGAGAGACAAUAAUGAUCUCUCACCAACCCUGCACUACCAAGCUACAGGAAUGUUUGUGGGUUGUGCAAGUCUUUCCUUUGACCAGAAGGUGUCACCUUCUCACCGUGGUUUGCAGGUCAGGGAUGAGCCGGUGUCUGUCCGCGGAGCCCUGCGGACUGGAGCUCAGCGACUGGAGAGCAGUAGCCCUGUUGGAUGCCCUGAGCACCGGGAUGCCCUGAGCACCAGAGUUACAGCCAUCAACCUGAGGCACACAGCUGGGCCUCCCGGCAACAGGCUCAGAGAUGCGAUUAACAAACAGAUCGAUAACAAAGUUGCACAGGAUGCCCUGUUUCAGAAACUUGCUCUGGAACAGGCAAAUGGAUACUGCCAAAAGAUACUAGGGGCUAUGCGGAACCCCACACUAGCAGAAAUGUUGCAAGCUUGCAACAAUGUUUGCCAAGGAAGGCCACCUGCUGCCGCCGAGAGGAAAUGGGAAAGGAGUGUCGGGAAACUUCCAGCGCAGCGCUCAAGGGAACAACGCGAUGACAGAAAAAGUUCCUGCAGCCAACCUCAGCACCUGGUACCCAUCUCCUCUCUCAACCCCCAUACCUCAGACAGCACCAGAGUCAAUUUAGCAGCUGCAACGACCGUAAUUCUGCUUGACUCAAAGGUACAGAUCGACUUAUUGAAGGGAGAUCCAGACCUGACAUCACCUCCACAGCUGACUCCAGAAGCCAGUGCAGCUCUGCGCAUCGUGGAACAGAAAGUAAAUUCACAACAGGGACAUCGAUGCCUUCAAAACGAACUCGUGACACUUGUCCUCAUAAAAAGACCCCGACAGCCCUAUGGGCUAAUAGGUCAGCUAUACCAGAACAACACUGCAUUUUGUUUAUGGGAAUGGGUUUUUCUAUCUCACCAGUUUUCAAAGACAGUUACCACACUGCCAGAAAUGAUUUCUAAGCUAUGUUAUAAGGGUUGUGUUAGAUGCUGGGAACUCACGGGCACCGAUCCCGAAACAGUGUACUUGCCUUUAACCACAGAGCAUUUAGAACAAUUGCAGACACCCUGUUUUGAUUUUCAAAUUGCUUUAAUUGAUUAUCACGGUCAAUUAAAUAUCCAUUUGCCAGCUUGUGCUUUUUUACAGAGGCUUAACCAAAUUCCCUUGAAGAUGAGAACUCAUUGGUCUGCAAUUCCACUUCAAGAUGCCCAAACCAUUUUUACAGAUGGUUCAGGGAAAACAGCUCAUGUAUGUUGUUCAUAACAGGGAAUCCCCGUUCUUCAUUAUGCAUAUACUGUCUCACACCUCCUUGCCAGGCCCCAUAGCAGAGGGGAAACGACAUGCUGACCUGUUAGCUGGACCAGUAAUAGUCCCUCAGCAUUUAGGAAAAGCUAA